GGAGCCGGCCGUGCGCUCCGGCCCCGCGUCCGCCCGCUGUCCGCCCGCGCGGCCCGCGGGCUCCCGUAACUGGAUAAAAGAAGACUGGAAACAUGUCGGAGUUUUGGUUAAUUUCUGCCCCUGGAGAUAAGGAAAAUUUACAAGCACUAGAGAGGAUGAAUACAGUAACCUCCAAGUCCAACCUGUCUUAUAACACCAAAUUCACGAUUCCUGACUUCAAGGUGGGGACCUUAGAUUCCCUUGUUGGCCUCUCUGAUGAGUUGGGGAAACUGGAUACCUUUGCUGAAAGCCUCAUAAAGAGAAUGGCCCAGAGCGUGGUGGAAGUUAUGGAAGAUGCGAAGGGGAAGGUCCAGGAGAACCUCCUGGCCAACGGAGGUUUGAAGGAAAAAAUGAAAUAUCUAAAGAUUGACUUAACAUCCUUUGUGACUCGCUUUGAAUGGGACAUGGCCAAAUACCCCGUGAAGCAGCCGCUGGUGAGCGUGGUGGACACCAUAGCGAAGCAACUGGCACAGAUCGAGACUGAUCUGAAGUCCCGAACGGCCGCCUACAACACUCUGAAGACCAACCUGGAGAAUCUGGAGAAGAAAUCCAUGGGAAACCUCUUUACUCGGACACUGAGCGAUAUUGUGAGCAAAGAAGACUUUGUGUUGGAUUCCGAGUAUCUGAUCACACUUCUGGUCAUUGUCCCCAAACCAAGCUACGCACAAUGGCAGAAAACCUAUGAAUCCCUCUCUGACAUGGUAGUUCCUCGGUCGACCAAACUGAUUGCCGAGGACAACAACGAUGGCCUCUUCACAGUGACUCUGUUUCGAAAAGUGAUCGAUGAUUUCAAAAUCAAAGCCAAAGAGAACAAGUUCACUGUCCGUGAAUUUUACUAUGAUGAAAAAGAAAUUAAAAGGGAAAAGGAAGAGAUGACCAGGUUGCUGUCAGAUAAGAAGCAACACUAUCAUAUUUCCAGUGUUGCUCUUAAAAAGGGACCGUCCACCUUCCCGGACCACAAGGUUAAGGUAACCCCGCUAGGGAACCCUGAUAGGGCUGCGGCGGGGCAGACCGGCAGAGAGAGAGAGAGUGAGGGCGAGGGUGAGGGCCCCCUGCUCCGAUGGCUCAAGGUGAACUUCAGUGAAGCCUUUAUCGCCUGGAUCCACAUCAAGGCAUUGAGAGUGUUUGUGGAGUCCGUGCUCAGGUAUGGGCUGCCAGUCAACUUCCAGGCGGUGCUCCUCCAGCCUCAUAAAAAGUCAUCCACCAAACGUUUAAGAGAGGUUCUGAACUCUGUCUUCAGACAUCUGGAUGAAGUAGCAGCUGCAAGUAUAUUGGAUGCAUCCGUGGAGAUCCCUGGAUUGCAACUCAGCAACCAAGACUACUUUCCUUACGUCUAUUUCCACAUUGACCUCAGUCUCCUUGACUAGGAAGGUGGGCCGGCACCACUGCACAUCCCCGCAAAUGCUGCUUCCCUUCAGCCAGAGAGCACCUCAAGUAUCCUAAGGAAUUUAGAUUUUUAGAGAAAUUGCUCACAAAAUUAGUUACAGUUGUAUUUAUUUUUUUUAAGUUACAAUAAAGAAAUGUUCUCAGUCCUUUGAA